UAUCACCAUGCUCCUAUCUUGUUCAGCCAUUCUUCUGAAGCUAUGCAAGAGAGGAUAAAGAGUAAGAGAGUAAGUCCUUGAUAUAGGCCUUAUUCUUAAGGUAAUCCCUCUCAAGUUACUUUAAGACAUGGAACCUAAUUCUGAUUAAUUUCGCUACGCGUGUAACAUGGAAGUUUUCAUGGAGGAUGAAAACUAAUGUGAAGCUGCUUGCGCCGUCCAGGUGAGGGAACUGCCUUUCUCUAGUCCCUCCUGAGGUUCCCGAAGCCUGACGUCGUCUAAAAAUAAUUUAAGAGGGAUUACCGUUGUGAUAAGGUCUAUUAGAAGAACUAACUAUCUUACCCUUCGUGCUCUCUUGAUUUAUGAUAUUCCACAGGACUCCCAUCAACUAUUUACUUGUGAACCUGGCUGUAGCGGAUGCCUUGUAUGCGACCUUUGUUACACCACAGACUUUCUUCAAGAUCAUUCCCACCCACCCAGGAGGAACAAUUGGUACUGUUUUAUGCAAAUUAGUGACGGGUGGAUACCUCGCAUGGACUGCUGGAACCUCCUCGGUGAUCACUUUGGUUGCAAUUGCCGCUGAACGAUAUUUUGCGGUAAUCUAUCCUGUUGGUAACGUUGGCAAGCUUACCAAGCGUAAACUGAAGGUGAUCAUUCCUGGCUCUUGGAUCUUCGCAUUAAUAUUUUUCAUACUAUAUAUCACGGGCUCAAAUGUAAAAGAUAAUGCCUGUGUGCGAAUGGAUGAAGAAUGGCUGCAAAAAGCUGAAACUUUGCUCUGGUCAGUCAUUGUAGUUGCAGCCAUGGUACUGAUGGCUGGGUUGUAUUCCAGAAUCGUGUACACCCUGUGGUUUAAAUGUGAUCCUGAGAAUCAACUCGCCUUCCAACAGAUGGGCGUCCUGAGAGUGCGGAAGCGAGUCACUUUGAUGGGGGUAACUGUCACUGCCAUAUUUGGAAUCUGUUGGGCGACUGACGUAAUUGCGCACAACUUAGACUACUUCACAUCUGUCAGUGUCAGUGAACUCGCAUACGCUGUUAUUCAUAUGCUAGUACUGUUCAGUUCCGCUGUCAACCCAUUUGUGUACGCUCUGGUUAACAAAACCUUCCGACAGAAGCUAAAGGGAAUGAUAUGCCGUCAGUGUACCGGCUCCACGGGAUCCACACGAAUUCGAGUUUUCCCACAAAAGUUAACCUCCACGGCAGGGACAUCAUCUUUGGAGUGAUCAAAAAAUCAAAAACAUUUCUUCUUUUAAUGCUGCUUUUAUUUUAUCUCUUUCUCUGAGCAGCAAGAGAAGGAAAUCUCUCACAGGGUAUGCAACUUUACACGAGUAUUACCUUUCAUAGGUCCGGCAGGAAGGUUAUUGCAAUUCUUCAAUUUAGCGCCAGGUGGGACUAUUUACAUUUGGUAGUUUAAGGGAGCUCGCUUAUUGGAAGAGGGGGCGUUUAUUUGUUUUUCAUAAAUAUCACAAUGUGCCACAGUACUUUAAAGAAAAACAGAAAUUUUAACUCAAGGACUUUGAUAAUGUUCAAUAUUGCGUUCAGAGUUUCAUUCAUAGUUCAUUAAUCUAAUAGCUCUAUUCAAUGUUAAUGCCUUGAAUGUCACUGUCGCUUUGGGUGCACUUAGCUUCUAUAAAAAGGCUGCUUAAUGAAUUUGGAAUAGGGGGAAGUGCCUAUUAGGUAGUUAUUAUAGCAUAUACUAUCUACGGGUGUGUACAUUACAAACUGGCAACGCAACCACAGGCGGCCCAAGCUCUCAAUGUU